AUGGCUUUGGUGGCCUUCCUCUUGGGCCGCGGCAUGACGGCGUUGCGGCAGACGCCGAUCCCGCUGUUGGGCCGCGGCUUGAAUGAGUUGGGAAAGGGUGGCCGCCGCGGCCACUCCAACGACAGCGGGGCAUCGUCCAGCGGGUCGUCCAGUCAUCCAAGUGCAAGACAGAGCUUGGUGACUCUGGCACUGGUGGCCGGGGGCUUGCGGCCCUCACGGAGCAGUCGCAUGGGCCUCCGACGCCUGAACAGCUCCCGUGUGGCCCUGGCCGGCAUGAUGCGGAUGAUUUCCAAGGAGGAAGCACUGCCAGGCCGAAUGGAGGAGUUGCCCAUUGCGGAGAAGCACUACGUCCUGGGAACGCCCAUGAAGGGCCCCUGGGAACCACAUUUGGACAUGUUUGUCUUUGCGAAUGGAUGUUUUUGGGGCAGUGAGAAGGGUGUUUGGAGAUUGCCCGGCGGUGGCAUCUUCUCCACUGCCGUGGGCUAUGCGGCCGGCUUCACGCCCAACCCCACCUAUGAAGAAGCCUGCAGCGGCUUAACGGGCCACACGGAAGCAGUGCAAGUGGUCUUCGAUCCAGAGAAGGUCAGCCUCGUGGACAUCCUCCGUUGGUUUUGGGAGGCUCAUGAUCCCACGCAAGGCAUGGGACAAGGCAACGACCGAGGGACUCAGUACCGCAGUGGCCUCUACUACUUCAAUGACGAGCAGCGACGCCUCUUUGAAGCCAGUAAACAGGCCUAUGAUCAGGCUUUGCAAAACGCCAACCGUGGCCGCGGAAAGAUCACCACGGAGAUCGCCGCAGCCGACAGCUUCCCGGACGGCCGGGUCUUCUACUACGCCGAGGACUAUCACCAGCAGUAUUUGGCAAAGCCUCGAGCUCGGCCAUAUUGCUCUGCACAACCGCAGGUGGUGGCCCUACCGUCUUUCGAGUCUUGGUGCCCGGAGGACUUGCAGGAGAAGUACAAGCCGAAGCUUCCAGAGGACCAGUCCAGCGACCCCUACGGGGGCCCUUUGAGCGGUUCAAAACAAGUUUGGCAUCGGAGCUUUGGUUUCGGCGCCAUAGACCCGCGGCUGCCUGGCGCGUUCGACGCGCCGCCGGACACGACCUCCGGCCAGGUGGAAGUCACGACUUUUCCACCGACCUUCCACCGAGCCACGCUGCCGAGCAGCGUAAGCCGUGGCCUGACGGCCAGCCUGGUUGGCGCCUUGCUGAUCUGGCUGGCAGCUUUCACCGAAUUCGCCGACUACCAGGAGGUGAAAGUUGAGCACCAGCUCUUGAACCCGAGCGACUUGGACAAGGACAUCGAGGUCCCGCUCUUCACCUUCCUGGCAGCGAUCCUGGGCCCCGAGGAGUACCUUUGCUUGCAUUGGAAGCUUUGCCCAAUCUACGCCUCAAUGGCAGCUGCCAAACGUCUUGCCCUUCGACUCAGUCAACGUGGUGAGAACUCCACCUUCUCCACCGACCUGUACGGCACCGUGGACGAGCCCUAUGAGGACUACCACACCACAGAUGACUGGUCUUCAUGGCAUGAGCCUUGGCAGGAGACAUGGUAUGCCGAUGAAUGGGCCGAUGACGACCUCUACACCUGGUAUGAUGCUGAAGAAGGCUACUAUGAUGAGGAAUGGUCCACAUACCACGGCGAGUCUCCUUCGAGCGAAUGGUACUCUCCUGAAGAGUACGACAUGAGCAAAGGCUACAAAGGAAAGAAGGGCAAAGGCAAGAGCAAGGGCUACAGCCAUGACUCACAGGGCUACAUGGUUGAUCGUGAUGCCAUGGCUUACUUCCGUCAACAGCCUGGCAAUGGACUAUGUGUUGAAGAUCCAUCAACGCCUCCACGCCCUGUGAAUCCCUCUUCAUCCUUGAAGAUGACACCUCCAGACAACACCGAGCUCUUGGCCUGGCGAGGAUCAGCUCCGUCAGAAGAAGCUGGUCAUGACCCUUCAUCUGGAGAGACCUAUGCCGAAGUUCCACCUCCGAAGAACUUGACCUUCGCCACCUAUGUCAACAACACCAGUGUUGAGCACUCAUGUGUUCCAUCGUCAGUGGCCUGA